AUGGGCAUGCUGUGGACCCGGCCGGCCCAGAUGGCUAUAAAGGGAGCCAUUUCCCCUCAGAUGGCACAGCUAAGCAUAUCCAAAUCCAGAAUCAAUCUGACCAUGGAGGACCUAUCAAUGGACGAACUUCUCAAUUGGGGUACUGGGGAAUUGACGGAAUUUCCCGAUUUCGACUUUUUUGAUUCUGUUAUCUCCCUCGACAACCAGAGCCAAUUUCUGGAAGACGUGCCAGAGCUCACCCCCGAUCACCAGCCUGCGGCGCAGGACACGAUCGACGCCAUCAAUGCCAUGAACAGACUAGUUGGUGAAUUAUCCAGCCGAGUCACGGCCCUUGAGGACCAGCUUCAAUCCGAGCACAGAAAGCGGGAGGCCCUGGAACAUUAUAUUGAAGAAUUACAGGCAUUCUUGGGACAGUUCAGCUUUGCCGUUCAGAAAUAA